CGAUAGCCUCCCAUUCUCCGUUUCCCUUUAGGAUGGGAUUCUUCAAAUAUCUCCGCACGGUGAAGAAUGAGGUUAUCCUCGUAACAGCUCCGUUACUCUUCCUCCCCUUGCCUUUAGUGAUCGGGACAUCGGAGGCAAAAUGCGCCUAUGUGAUAGCCCUGAUGGCGGUGUACUGGUGCACAGAAGUCCUACCGCUGGCCGUAACAGCUCUGCUCCCAGCCAUUCUCUUCCCCCUGUUUGGCAUCAUGCAAUCCAAAGAUGUGUGUAUGGAGUACCUGAAGGACACAAACCUGCUGUUUUUGGGGGGAUUGUUGGUCGCAGUAGCCGUGGAGCACUGGAAUCUGCACAAGCGCAUCGCCUUGAGGGUGCUGCUCGUCGUUGGUGUGCGUCCAGCGCUUUUGAUGUUGGGCUUCAUGGGCGUGACAGCCUUCUUGUCCAUGUGGAUCAGUAACACAGCUACCACAGCCAUGAUGGUGCCUAUUGUCCAAGCAGUGCUGCAGCAGCUCAACAGCAGUGAGGCAGAGAUGCCUCAGAUCCUCAGCUCAGAGGAGCAGGUCCAGACAUCAGAUCCUGACAGUAAACAGCCUCCACAGAGCGAGAGCCAAGGUCCAGUGGUGGUGACUUUCUUGGAUGUGGCAGCAGAGGCUGCAAUGCAAAAAGAGGCAGCAGAAAAGCUUAAAAUGUGUAAAGGGAUGACCCUGUGUGUCUGUUAUGCUGCCAGCAUCGGAGGCACCGCCACGCUCACAGGAACCGGGCCCAAUCUGGUGCUCAAGGGCCAGAUGAACCAACUCUUUCCCCAAAACGGGGAUGUGAUUAACUUUGCCUCCUGGUUCGGCUUUGCCUUCCCGAACAUGAUUAUCAUGCUCGCACUGGCCUGGCUUUGGCUGCAGUUCGUCUUCAUGGGAUUCAACUUCAAGAAGACGUGGGGCUGUGGGGCCGUGAAGACAGAGAAGGACAUUGCUGCCUAUAAUGUGAUCCGUGAGGAGCAUCGCCAGCUGGGGCCCAUGUCCUUCGGAGAGAUCAGUGUCCUGUGUCUCUUUAUUCUGCUGGUAGUGAUGUGGUUCACGAGGGACCCGGGCUUUGUCGACGGCUGGGCGACAGAUAUCUUCAACUCCAAAGCAGAGUAUGUGACAGAUGCCACAGUGGCAAUCUUUAUUGCCGUCCUUCUCUUUGUCCUGCCCUCCAAACCCCCGCGUUUCUGUUCGCGAAGGACUCAAAGUUCCGAAUCAGCACCCCAUGAAACUGUUGGCCGAACUCCACCUCUGCUCACCUGGAAAGUUGCCCAAAAGAAGGUACCGUGGGGCAUCGUGCUUCUUCUUGGUGGAGGUUUUGCUCUGGCCAAGGGCAGCGAGGUAUCAGGACUCUCAAUGUGGUUGGGAGAUCAAAUGGCUCCCCUGCAACACAUCCCUCCCUGGGCAAUUGCUAUCAUCUUAUGCCUGCUGAUUGCUACCUUCACAGAGUGCACCAGUAAUGUGACCACUGCGACGCUCUUCCUACCUGUCUUAGCCUCAAUGUCUCAGUCCAUCGGAAUCAACCCACUGUACGUCAUGGUGCCUUGUACUCUGAGUGCCUCGUUUGCCUUCAUGCUGCCGGUUGCUACGCCUCCGAACGCGAUAGUCUUCUCUUAUGGAUACCUCAAGGUUAUUGACAUGGCCAGGACAGGAAUAGUCAUGAACAUCAUCGGCAUCCUUUGUAUCACACUGGCCGUCAACACCUGGGGCAAGGCCAUGUUUGACCUGGACACCUUCCCGGCCUGGGCCAACGUCACCAAGGUGUGAGUCUGGUACUGCCACAGGAGAGAAUCCACGCACCCGCUGCCCUCACUAUCAUCAGGUACCCGACAAAGAUUUAUGGUCAAAGGGGACAGCACAGGACCGCACGGUGGACCGCACGGUGGACCGCACGGUGGACCGCACAAUGGACCGCACAGUGGACCGCACAGUGGACCGCACAGUGGACCGCCGCCGUCCGAUUGCAUCAAGAAUGCAAGGCCAUCGAGGCUUGUUUUCAUUGACACCUGAGUAAUAUAUAAUUGAAAGAAGAGUGGUUGAGGAAUGGAAUUUAAAAAAAAAAAAUCUUUAUUUACAUUGCAUCAUAACUACACUCAGAUUUUAUAAUCCACUGAAGCAGCUAUUGGAAGGGUAUUAAUAAGGCAAUUCAAAGCACUUUACACGUGUUGAGACAAAGUGCAAAAUAAUCACAUUAUAGAAGAUAAAAUAAUAAAAAAGAUGAAAGAGAAAAUAUCUAAUAUGCAUCAGACAAUAUGGACAAAAAAACAUUGAAUAAUAAUAAUAAUAAUAUUACAAUCAGUCUUCUCUAUUCUUUUUUUUAUCUACAUCUGGGGUGGAGAUUAUAAAGUCAUUAGGGGGAAGUUUAUAGAAAUGUUUUACAUAUUCAAAUGCAGUAACAACUAAAUAGCAAUAAGCCAUAUAGGAAGGUAACUUUGCUCAAUUACUGCACUUAGAACUAGAAUGUUGAGGUACUUUAUUUAAGGAUGUUCAUCUUGUGCUACUUCUGCUUUUACUUCACAUUUCAAGUGAAAAUAUUUCCUUUUUUACUCGAGUACAUUUAUUUGAGAGCUGUCGCUACUUGUCUAUCUUUUGUAUAAAUGUGAUAUGAAAUAUUAUUAGAGAUAAAAGUAUGCAAAAAUAGCCCCAUCUCAACCAGAUACAACAUUAUGUGUCAAUGCAUUAGUAUCAUCCAAUAACAUUAACAUAUCACUGAAAAGGGUAAUUCAGCUUCAAUCUGUAAUUUUACAAUUUUAUAUAUUUGUGUGUCAGAAAUCUGUACUCUCACUGAAGUAAAAUGUUGAAUUCAGGACUAAUCCACGGUUUUUAGAGCUGAUGGGCUUGUUAGCACAUCUUUCUAAAUAGAUUUAAGGUAGCAAACACUGCUAGUUAGUUUUGGCAUUUUGGUAUUUACAGAUAAUGGGCUCAUAUGAACUAUAUGUCAGACUCUUGACAAGAAGUAAACUUGUACUUUGGACCCCUAUGUUCAGGCUAUAUCUGGAUGUAUGGUGGUUUGUUUUAGUUCCAGUUGAACUUUGAAAUGCACCAAUGCAAAAACAUAUGUGCCUUGUGUUGUGUUCGACCGUCCUCAAGAGAACUCCCUCUGCGAUGAGGUCCGUCAACAAAAUAGAGAGACAAUCGAUGGUUUCACUUCCAGUAAAAAAUAUUUAUACAAAAAGUAACGCAAACACAAUUACAAAUUGAAUCACACUCGGAAAUACAUGAAAUAUAUCCUGUGGGACAGAGAUCAAGCGCCCGCCCCCGGGCAGACCGGUGUACAUCGGUUACCUGCCCGGCAGCUGGCACAAGAUCUGAUUUUCAGAAUGUCAGGCCAGCCUCCAUCUGGUCAGCACAACUUCCAGCCCUGUGAUUGGACAACACCUUGUUCUGUUCUUCCUUAUCACUCCUGUGGUCUUAGUUUACAAUCAACAACAUUCCUCGACCAUCAGGUCAAGCAAACCCCCUAUUUCUCCAAGAUCUACACCUCUUCGUGCCUUAAACAUUUCCCAGCCAAACGUUUUUGUUCCUCUCACAGUCGUUGUCUGAGGUCUUUCACAAUCACAUUCACGGUUAUUCAUUUAAUAUCAUUGGAUAAUACCUUCAGUGUAUUUUAUUUGACUUGACCCUUCAACAUCUAAAUACAAUAUUAUACACAAUAGCUAUUGCUAAGAGCGCUAUUAAGCAUAGCUUUCUCACACUUGUACAAACACACAGAUGUAUUGUACUGUAAACACAUUCUCAAUAUUUUUGAUCAAUACACAUUGAGAAAAUCCUCACUGCAAUCAUGAAUUAUGACUGAAUUGCAAUAAAGUGUUUUUUAAGCUAUGGCUCUUUUUUCUCUUCAAUUGCAAGACUUUUGUACCUGGGAAAGAAUUAAUGAAGUAUAUUCUCUGCCGAAAUAUCCAAUGGGCUAAAGAUACAAUAUUUCAUUGGUCUGUGACAAACUCUAAAAAUAAAAGACAUAAGUUUCAA